CAACCAGAAUUGCUCCGUGUUGCUGACGCAUGCGUGCUACAGACGUGUGCGUGCUAGCUAGCCGUGCACAUUUUGAACUUUUCCCACGUUCUUAUGUGUCAAGUUUCCAAAUUUUAAGCGUCAACGCAGAUUGAUACAAGAAAGCAUCAUGAGCAUACUCGCCAAAAUAGCAGAGAUUGAAAAUGAGAUGGCCAGGACACAGAGGAACAAGGCCACAGCUCACCACUUGGGUCUGCUUAAAGCCCGUCUGGCCAAACUGAGGCGGGAGCUCAUCACCCCAAAGGGAGGCAGCGGUGGCGGCACCGGGGAAGGUUUUGACGUCGCCAAAACUGGUGACGCCCGUGUAGGCUUUGUGGGUUUCCCAUCAGUGGGCAAGUCCACGCUGCUCAGCAACCUGGCAGGUGUGUACUCGGAGGUGGCCGCCUACGAGUUCACCACCCUCACUACGGUACCAGGAGUCAUUCGCUACAAAGGAGCAAAAAUUCAGCUUCUAGAUCUUCCAGGAAUCAUUGAGGGGGCCAAAGAUGGCAAAGGCAGAGGAAGACAAGUGAUUGCAGUUGCUCGAACGUGCAACCUCAUCCUGAUUGUGCUGGAUGUGCUGAAGCCUCUGCUGCACAAGAAGCUGAUAGAACACGAGCUUGAGGGCUUCGGCAUCCGACUGAAUAAGCAGCCUCCCAACAUCGGCUUUAAGAAGAAGGACAAAGGUGGCAUCAACUUCACGGCCACUUGUGCACAAACCGAGCUGGAUGCUGACACGGUGAAGACCAUCUUGUCUGAGUAUAAGAUUCACAACGCUGACAUCACCCUCCGCAGCGACUCCACAGCCGAUGACCUCAUCGAUGUGGUGGAGGGGAAUCGCGUUUACAUCCCCUGCAUUUACGUGCUCAACAAAAUUGACCAGAUUUCCAUUGAGGAGCUGGAUGUCAUCUACAAGGUCCCGCACUGUGUACCCAUCUCUGCUCACCACCGCUGGAACUUUGAUGACUUGCUGGAGAAGAUGUGGGACUACCUGCAGCUCGUGCGCAUCUAUACCAAACCCAAGGGUCAGCUUCCAGACUACACCUCCCCUGUGGUUCUUCCUGACCAGCACACUGCUGUGGAGGACUUCUGCCUGAAGAUCCACAAGAACCUCGUCAAAGAGUUAAAGUAUGCGCUGGUGUGGGGAUCGUCUGUGAAACACAAUCCUCAGAAGGUGGGUAAGGACCACGUGAUGGAGGACGAGGACGUUAUCCAGUUGGUGAAGAAGUAAACAUAAUUUUGUAAUGUUUACUUUGAAGAGAAGAUGGAAUUCACUUAAAUAGCAGGAUUGGUUCAUAUUGAAUAUUGACAAUAAAUACUCUCCAACAAA